AUGAGAACCGCUCAUUUCCUACUAGGAAACAGAAUAAGACAUUGGUCCGUCAUCAGCAUCAAAAAUUACACUAUAUACUGCGGCGAUGCUGAUGAGAACAAAAUAGGUGGCUGUGCGAUACCUGUGAGGAAAGAUUACAACAAACUGGUAGAGGAAUUUUGCUCAACGUCGUCUAGAUGUUUUGUACGAUUGCGGGAUCGCAGAGGACGUAAACUCUGGAUAGUAAGUGCUCACAAACCUACGGAAACCGCUGAGGACAACAGUGAGGACGCCUUCUAUGAUAAACUCAAUUCGUUGAUGUCUAAAAUACCAGGCCAGCAGGUGAUCAUUGUCGGAAUCGACGCAAAUGCGAAGAUGGAACUCGAACAACAAUCUGAUGUAUUAGGAAAAUGGUAUGAUCCAGCAGAGCGCACGUUGGACAACGGUGACCGUCUGGUCGACUUAUGUGAACAGACGGGCCUCAUCAUCGCUUCCACGUUCAAGAAGAAUCAUCGAUGCCAUCAGCUCACGUGGCAGCUCGACUACGUUCUGGCGAGGAACAUUCCUCAGUCAGAUAUCCGAAAAUCUAGAGCUGUUUGGGACGUCGCGUUCGACUCUGACCAUCGCCCAGUUCUUCUCAGCUUCAAGAAACGGUUCCACAAGAGAAACCGAGGAGUUCCUCUUCAACCAAAAAUCGACAUGGCAGGUCUGAAAGACGAUGAAUGCAGAAGAAAAUUCCGCCAACGUGUGUCUAUUCAUGUUGGAGUACGGACCAGGAAGAAGCUUAGCGAUGCGGGUUCCUUCACAAAGUGCAUCCAGGACGCUGCAAGGGAAACGCUCCCGGUUCUAUUGCCGCGGAAGAAGUUUGCUUUUGCAUCUGCAGAAACAAAAUCCACAUACAAUUCUGUAUGUGUCGCGCGCAGCGUUGGUGACUUCAACCAGGAAAAGCGUCUUAGAAGGAAGCUGCGUCGUCAACUGCAACAAGACCGCGAUAACGAGUGGACGUCAAGAGCGAUGGAGUUUGAGAAGGCGUGGGAGGACAGGAACCCGCGGAAAGCCUACGCUCUACUAAAACAGUAUAGCGGCAAAAUGAAAAGAUGUUCCCAUGUCCUCAACACUGCUAAUGGGGUAGCUGUCGGUGAAGCAACCCUCCCAAUUUCGAAGGAACACUUCAAGACCUUGCUGAACCGGCUAGCACCGUCAGCUCCUGAACUCGAACACGUUCAUAGACCGACAUAUGCGGUUAACGAGGAGCCACCGACCGAGUCGGAGGUCCUGGUCUGUAUUCAAAAAAUGAAGAAUGGAAAAUCUGGUGGAUACGACGGGAUUAGCGCAGAAGUAUUGAAAUAUCCUCCUCCGUCUGGGAUUCGUGAAAUGACAAAGCUCAGUAUGGAUAGACAAAAGGAUGCCUGA